UCAGUUCCCACUGAGUGCGCCCACGGAUUACGCAUCUCAGCGCGCCGCCGCCGCCGCCUUCUCCGCGUUGCCUUCCACAUGGCCGAUCUCCACCCGCCGGAGCCCGACACCAACGGCGGGGGCGGAGGCGCAUCCGCGGCCGCGGUGGUGGUGCCCAUCGGGGACCCCAUGGCCGAGGCGAUGGCUGCGGCGGCGGCCGCGCCGCCCUACUCCAAGCGCCAGCGCCGCCCCAGCGUCCGCCUCGGCGACAUCGGCGUCCAGCCCACCGCCACCGCCGCCGCCUCCGACCUCGCCCCGCUCCCGCGCCGCCACCGCAAGCCGUCCUCCUCCUCCCACCCGCGCCCGCCGCGCCGCGCCCACCCGGACGACGCCCUCGACCCCGCCGCCGCCCACCGCCGCGGCCCCAAGCCCGGCCAGCGCCGCCCGCGCACCGCCUGGACGGCCGCGCCCUCCGGGGCCGACGGCUACGACGGCGACGAGGGGCAUUACUACGACGACGCCGACCACUCCGACUCCGCCGCCGCCGCCGGAAGGGCUAGGGUUUCCGGCAGCCGCGAGGCCAGCGUCGACGAGUCGGACGGCGUCGCCGACUGGGGCAUCCCCAACGGCCGCCUCCCCGGGGCCACCUGCUACGGCGGCGUCAAGGCCUGGCUGGAUGGGCUCGGCCUUUCCCGGUACGCCCCCGUCUUCGAGAUCCACGAGGUGGACGACGAAGUGCUCCCGCUCCUGACCCUGGAGGACCUCAAGGAUAUGGGCAUCGGCGCCGUUGGGUCCAGGAGGAAGAUGUUUGCUGCCAUCCAGAAGCUCCGAAGCAGCGACAAUGUCUCGUGAGUUGGUUCACAGUAGCUCUUGGAUAAACAUGUUGGACGGCUUGAUGUCAAGGGUGGAACGGAAUGGUGAGGCAUUGAUACAUUGUAUGUUUAGAUGAUAGUGAGUUCAUCCUUUGGCCAAAAGCUGCAGUAGAUGAUAGUGACUGGAUCCUCUGUGAAAAGCCGCAGUUUUUUUAAAUGUCUCUCUCUAAUAUUUCAGUUUCUGCACUUUGUAGAAUUGUUUAUGUGUUCUGGAUGUUGUCUUGUUUCACAUGGGGGAUCGCAUGACCCCUGUGAACUUGCGGGUGGAACUUGGAAAGCUAAAAAGACCACCUGAUGAUAUACAUUAUUUCCAAAACAAUGAUCAUUAUCAUAAAAGAACUCCAAAUGUUCCAA